AUGUCGAAGCGCGGGGCGCUUGAAGACCCGUACCGCCCUACCGAUGCUAAGGUCUUUGAGGACGAUGUACAUGCAUGGCCCUCCAGCCGGCCGCCGCGCGCUAGGAUGUCGCGUUGGACACCCCUGCUGGCGUUUGUCGGCGCCUUGAUGUGUCUUCAACUGAUCCUACUAUCGGGCCGUGUGCAUGACUUGCAUCGGCGCCCCCAUACGCAUCACCAGGAUGCCAAGCCGGAUUUCUCUGCGUACUUGGCUACUGCCAAGGAGCAGUGCCGUUUCAAGGCCGCUCGUGCAGGCCCUCCGCCUGGUUUCGCGAAGCGGACAGAGAACGACCGUGUGCUGCCCAACACGCCACGGACGUGGAUCCGCAAUGCGACAGUGUUCACAGGCGAAGAGAUCCAGCCGCAUAUGGACGUUCUGCUGGAUCAUGGCCUUAUUCAAGCCAUUGUACCUACGCGUGCGUCGCCCUCGUCGGAGGACGAGGCGCAUAGCGUGGAUGCUCAGGGCGCCUGGCUGACGCCGGGCAUUGUCGAUCUGCAUACGCACCUUGGCGUGCUGAGCAUGCCGACCUUACCAACACACACCGAUGGCAACUCACGCAUUAGUCCGACGCGCCCCAUGGUACGCAGCAUCGAUGGCAUCAAUGAGCAUGACCAAAACUUGCGAUCGACAUUGUCGGGCGGCAUUACCACGGCGCUAGUGCUGCCAGGCUCGCUCAACAAUAUCGGUGGCCAGGCCUUCCCCAUCAAGCUAGGCUCGUUGGCCGGUCGGCCGCCCUCGUCGCGUGUCUUGGAUCCGCCUCGCAGUAUGCGCAUGGCCGGCGAGGCCGGGCAUACGCGUGACGAGAUGUACUCGGAAGCCUCCGGGAUGCGCCGCCCAGAUGGCAGUACGUCGUUCCGCCAGAUCAAGAUGGCGUGUGGCGAGAAUGCACGCAAGUACAACCUGGUCCGUCUGGAUGAAGCAUGGAACUUCCGCAGCAUGUUCGAGCGUGCUCAGCGACUACGGGAGGCUCAGGACGACUUUUGUACGAGUCUGGAGAUGGGGUUGCUGAACGCGUCGUCGUCGCCGGCCUCCCUGCGUUUCCCGACAGAUCUGGAAAUCGAGUCGCUUGUCGAUGUACUGCGUGGGCGGACCAAGGUACAAACGCACUGCUACACGAUGAACGAUCUCGACGCGUUUGUCCGGCAUGCGAACGAGUUUGGGUUCCCGAUCGCCGCGUUCCAUCAUGCGCAUGAGACGCAUCUCGUGCCGAGUGUACUGCAUGCUGCACCGGAUCAUACACCGGCCGCGGCGAUCUUUGCGACGAAUGCCAACUACAAGUUUGAGUCCUACUUUGGCACGCCUUUCAACCCGGAGCUUAUGCGCUCACACAACAUCACGCCGAUCCUCAAGAGUGAUCAUCCCGUUUUGGAUUCACGACGCUUGGUCGGUCAGGCCGCACAGGCUCACCACUUUGGCCUGAAUGAGAUCGACGCGCUGCGGGCCGUCACAUCGGCGCCGGCGCAUGUCUUGGGCUUAGCGCAUCGUAUUGGUCAUGUCCAGGUCGGCAUGGAUGCCGAUGUCGUGCUAUGGGAUCGGCACCCCCUUACCCUAGGCGCUACGCCCACAGCAGUGUAUGUCGAUGGCACGUCCCAAUUUGAGACGAUGCAUCCCUCUGGUGCCUCGGUUCAUCCCACCCAGCCCUACUCAGCCAACUAUACGUCGGAACUUCACCGCGUGCGAUCGCAGGUCGACGAGAUUGCGGAGGGACGUGCGUUGGCUUUCCCGACGUCGAUGGCGUCGCUGGAGGAAGGUGUGCUCGUGCACCUCUCUGCUGCGUACCUUCGUGAGAAAGGACGUAUCGUCGCUCACAUGUUUGCGGGCCACACUGGUGUGGUGGCGUAUGCCAACGGUACUGUGCACUGUGUCGGCUCAGCCGAGGAGUGUCUUGCUGAUGAGGCUACGUGGGCGCAUGUACGACACAUUGAUGUUCGUGGCGGCGUGGUAACGCCCGGUCUUGUGUCGUACGGUGGCACCUUGGGCCUGUCAGACAUCCCCAGCGAGGCCUCCGCGUCCGACGGCACAGAUCCUUCGGCCGUGACGAAGCACUUGCAUCUGGAUUCGCUGCGACCUACAGCGCGUGCCGUCGAUGGCCUCGUGCUGGGUGGUCACGAUAUGCUGCGUGCGCGUGCGUCUGGCGUCACGACCAUCAUCAAUGCGCCCGUGGUGAACGGCGUGUUUGGCGGUCUCUCUGCGCACUUUGACACAGGCGCACAGACCGUGUUGGACAAGGGCAGCGUACGCACAGACGAAGUGGCGUUGCAUGUGACUAUUACGCCGGACGGCGCUGAUCAGGUCGCCGUAUCAAGUCAGUUGGCCCUUGUGCGUGCACAGCUAGCGUCACCUCAAACACCAGCAUGGCGUCGCGUCACGCACGGUACCUUGCCCCUCGUCGUUGCGACCAACAGUGCGCAUGUGGUCGCCCAGCUUAUCCUUCUGAAACGGGCCUUCCCUGGAGUACACAUGGUCCUGGACUCGGCGGGCGCUUUGCAUGACCUUGCAGCGCAGCUGGCCGACGUUGAUCUGCCUGUGCUCAUGCCGCCGAAGAUCUGGGAGUACGAAUGGGCGCAGCGUACGCGUCUACCAGGCCCUCCCCUCACGUCCGAGACAGAGCUGAGUGUAUUGCGGAAGCAUGGUGUCCGCGUCGGUCUGCGCAUCCGUGAGGCGUGGGAGGCUGCGAAUCUUCUCUGGGAGGCCACCUGGGCGGCCCAAGAUGCACACAUUCACAACGCCACAGACGUGCUCGAGCUACUCACGACAAACAUCGAGGACAUGCUGCAUCUCUCACCCGCGCCGCUGAGCGACUUGGCCAUUUUCGAUUCGGAUCCAUUCUCGUUUGGCGCGAAACUCGUAGCGCUCACGACGCCGCGGCACUUGGAGCUGUACCCGUAA